AUGCAGCUCAUCCGAAUUCAGGAAGAUAUAGAAUUUCUUGAAGACCAGAGGGGCAGUCGACGAAUGCAAAUGAGUGGCAUUGAUAAAGACCUGACCAAGAAAGAAGAGCGCACAGAACAACGUAAAUGCAAAGAAGAAGAGAGAAAAGAGCGAGAGCAGGAGCGGAUGACAGAAAGUACCUCACUACAUUUAUCUAGUUCUGAUGACAGUGAUAGUGAACAGCAGGACACAGAGGACAACUAUGAAAUUGAAAUUCCAGUGUACUACAAAAAGCAGAUCAGUGAAGUAGAAGACAGUCUGUCAAGCAGUGCCAGCAAAAAAACACGAACUGUGCAGGAUAUGUUGUCGUCGCCAGAAGUUGCUUCAGCACUGGAUAGAAUAAACCUGUCAGAUAGAAAGUUCACAGUAUUAGCAGCAGCCAUUGCACAAGCUAGUGGGCAAGACAUCAGGGAUACAUCUCUGUCACGUUCCACAGUUCAUCGUGAACGACAGCAACAUCGAUCAACCAUUGACAGCAGUAUUCGUCAACAAUUUCAGGAUCGUGACAGAAAACCCCUUCUGUUGCUCAAAUUAUGGGACGUUAGUGAAGACAUUAUAGGCAUGUGCUUUGAUACUACUGCUGCCAAUACUGGUACGUCAAGUGGAGCAUGUGUUUUGCUGGAGAAACUGCUCCAUAGAAAUCUCUUGCACUUUGCUUGUCGUCACCAUGUACAUGAAUUGAUAAUCGGUGAAGUUUUCACAGUUCUGUUUGGUCCAAGCCGUGGCCCCAACAUUGGAAUGUUUGAAAGAUUUCGAGCCUACUGGCCAAAUAUAAGUCAGUCAAACCACAAGCCACUUGAUGAUGACAGGAUGAACCACUCAUUGCUACAGAUGAUGCGGUCUGACAUAGUACCAUCUUUGACAUGUUUUCUUUCAGCUGACAGCUCAUACAUCCCACGAGAGGAUUACAAGGAGUUGGUUAAACUCUGUCUCUUAGUGCUGGGUUAUCCAAUGCAGACUGAUGGCAAGUACCAUUUCCGUGUUCCUGGAGCAUAUCACAUGGCCAGAUGGAUGGCCAAAGUGAUCUACUGUCUCAAAAUGUAUUUGUUCCGCAAUGAAUUCAAGCUAACAGCAACUGAAACAAAAAGUUUAACUGAAUUCUGCCUAUUUGCAACCCAUAUAUAUGUGCCAGCAUGGAUGUUGUGCCCAAUACCCAGUGAUGCACAAGUCAAUGACCUGCAACUUCUGAGCAGAAUUGAACAAUACUCUGAAAUCAACAAGAAUGUAGCAAGUGCUGCCACAAAAAAGUUGAAGAAUCAUCUGUGGUAUCUCGGUACAGAAAUGGUUUGGCUGUCAUUGUUCUCAAAUAAGGUUGCAAAUGCUGAGAAGCAGUUGAUUGUGGAAGCAAUGACUGCAGUAGAUUCUGACUGGAGUGUGCGAGGUGUCAAAUAUCCUGCAACUGAACUGGAACAGGUGAAAAGCAAACCACUGCAUGAUCUGGUAUCAGGUACAUCUCGUGCUGCAUUGUUAUCACUUGGAAUGGAUGUUGCUAUCUUGCGUGAAACUGAACCAGACUCAUGGAAUGAUCUUCCUUUAUUCAAAAAGUAG